CGGCCGACGUCCAACGACACACGCUCAAGCUCCUCCAGAAAGCGCAGCUUGGCUCAGAGGGUCUAGACAAGCCCAAUUCCGCAUGUGCACCCUGUGAAACGGGACCACAGCUUCCUACCCACCGCACCCAGCCCACGCGACACCUCCGCCACCUCCGCACCACCAUGUCAGGACCGCCGCUGCCGGGCCCAAACAGCGCCCCGCUGCCCUCGUCCUUUGACGAGAACGAAGACUUUUACAAUGAGAACCGCCUCGACAAGAUUUGGCGCCGCCUCCGCGAGGAACCCCUCGUCCCCUUCGGCUGCGCCCUCACCGUAUGGGCCAUCGUCGGCGCCACCCGGUCCAUGCGCAAAGGCGACCACAAAAUGACCAACUUGUUCUUCCGCCGACGUCUGUACGCCCAGGCCUUCACCAUCGCCGUGCUGGUCGCAGGAAACGCCUAUUGGCAAAAGGACCGCGCCAAGCGCAAGGACUACGAGAAGCUCAAGGCGGAGAAGACCAGGAUGGAGAAGAGGGAGCGCUGGUUGAAGGAGCUCGAGAUGCGCGACGAGGAAGAAAAGGCCUGGAAGGAGAGACUGGCCAAGGGCGUGCGGAGAGAGGGCGACAGUCUGACCGAUCUCGUAAGGGAGAAGACGGAGGAGCUGAAGAACUUGCGGGGUGGCAAAUAAGCAAGAAGACAAAGAGAUGGACGGAUCGACGAUGUGACUCAACUCGCGAACGACACCAGCGUUCGUUGUACAUACUAUCAGGCGUGUAAGAGUAUUGGUUUGGUCUGCAAAAUGCUUUGGGGAAGGAUGGUAAUGGCACAUUCUCUACUUGCGUUUCCCAGUCAUUCUUUUAUUGAACGAGGAAAUCAGUGAAAACAUUACAUUUCAUCGUCUCGCAGCUUGCAGUACGCUCAUAUAUGCUUACGAGGAGCACAAAUACAAAUGUUAAAUGUCAAAGGUGCACUUAGUGAUUAGGCUUACAUCCAGUCACUAGUCC